AUGGCUGCCAAACAUUAUGUUAAUUAUACGGGAGCAGCACUACGAAUACGAAGAGUAAACAAAGGCCGAGGAAAUUUUGAGGGAAAGAUACGAGAAAAUCGCUUCAAAAAGUGUGCGCAGAUUUUGCAGCAUCAGAUCACUAGAGACGGUAAAAGGCAUUUGUUUAACGCUCGUUGCCAAAAUUUCUGUUUACCCUGGGCUGUAUAUUGUGCUGACCACAUUGCUUAUAGUGUGACACAACAACUAUUUGCUUAUUGCAAGUGGCGAUUUUGUAAUGUUGCUGUACCAGCCACGGAUGCUCUACUCUUUGAGGGAUUUUGCAGGCGCCAUUACUUGGAAAAACAAAAGAUGUCACAGAAUUUAAAUUCUGGCCAUUCAAAUCAGGUAGUUAUUCUUUCGUUUCUAUUGUAUUACAUUUUCGAUUUCAAGGACGCGCCCACACAAUUUAUGAGAAGAGAACUAUCCGGAUCAGUCUUAAUUGCAAGAAAUUUAUGUGAAAAUCCACCAACGGGAACGUUUCCGGUUGUUGAUGGUGACGUCUCGCUGGCAUCAGUUGCUAAAGAUCUAGGAUUCGAUGGUCGCGAACUCACGGAUAUGCUUGAGAGGUUGCCCGUCGAAGAAGCAUUUGAAGGUGAAAUGGAACCUGAUGACGAGAAUUUUCUAAACGGCGUGAACAAAGAUGAUUCUGAUGAAGUACCUCCUGGAAUUAGCUUGGGACACAGUUGGGCAGACGUGGAACAAUUUUUGUUGGAACAAGAACAACAGUCAAUAUCUGACGAGUCCACCCCUCAGUUUUGA